AAUUCUCUUUUAUAGUGUUUAAACCUUAAAGUACGGUAUCAUUCUGUAUCAUUCUGUAUACGCGUUAUUUUUGUCGAAGAAAGCAUAUAGUAUAUUAUAGACAUAGUGCGUUUCUAGCGCGUCACUUUCGUGUCUUUUAGCAUCGAAUUUUCAUUUCCGACAAAGACAAUCGACGAUCACUGAACCAGUAAGAUAAGAAUUCAAAGUUUGUUUCAACGACAAACUUCUUGGUCAAAUUUCUUGGUCGUACGCGGUCAAGUAGUGAAACUGAUCGAAAUCAAGAUGAGUCGGAAUCGCGUAUACGGAACGCGAACUCGCGUCAAAGAUUAAAUUAAAUUUAUUUGGGAGAUGUUACAUUCUCUCUCUCUCUCUCUCUCUCUCUCUCUCUCUCUCUCUCUCUCUCUCGGUAAUGUACGCCAAACUGCAUUAUAGUCUUGUAUCACACACUUUGGUUGCCUAAUAUUAUGUUAUGUCUCUCUCUACAUAUCCUGCCAUAUUACGUAUCUCGUAUCUCGUAUCUCGCAUCUCGCAUCUCUGCCCUCUGCCUUUCUUGUAUAAGAUCUUGUGUAUUUAGCGUUAUACAUCUCGUCUAGAUACAUUUUGUUUUUUAGUGCUGCCAAAUGCUAACUAAUUGUAAGAUUUAUAUUUAAAAUUACACAGUAAUUUAAACAUUAAAAUGACAACUUUGCGAGGGACUAGCUUUGGCUUGUAAAGUUUCUGCAGUGUUUUCGUGAUAACCGCGUUGCUUACUCGAGCAACAGUGGGAAUGCCGGCGAAUGGCCUCAAUUUUUACAACUUUGUAGAGCGGAAUGCAAAGCGAUCGUAUCGUGCAAGAGUUUUCAUAUCAGAAGAAAUAUAUAAGAAGUCUUUCAAACAAAAAGAAUCUUUCUCGUCUCAUAUGUGAGAGGUUUAGAUAUAUAACAAGUAUAUUUCGUCAAGUAUCAGAAGGAGGGACACCAAAAGAAAGAAAAGAAAGGACAAACAGAUGUGUAGAUUUGUUGUUCCCUAAUAGUUAUUUUCCUCCGAUUGCUGCGAGGCGAAGGCAAGGAACGAAACACAUAAAUUAAAAGUGCAGAAAAACACAGCUGUACUGUGUCGCGAAAGUGUCUCGCGAGAAUGAAAAAAGACCAAGGCAGGAUGAUCUGUCUAAGCCUCUAAAAAGCCUAAGCGAUCGCUUUGUUCCGACGCGUAAUAAUAUCGCGCGUGUCGGUAGAAGGGAGGGAAGAAGAUGAAAGGGGGGAAUGGAAUUUUGGCUAAUUUGAGAUCGAAUGGACGAUUCUUGUAUUGGGAUCAAAUACGAAGCAAGCGUGCGUCUCCACCGCGGUAGCGGUGUCGCGAAACCGCGGAACUCGCGACGAUUGUGCGACAAACGGUAUGCGUAAGUGCGUACACGCGGUAUAAUACGGACGUAAUUGUUCACCGCGGUUGUAUAACGUGGCUUCCAGGCGACCUCCGACAGUCGUCGUCGGAACGUCGCGUCGCGUAGCUUCGCGUUCCGACACGAACGCGUUGCGAAAACUUGCGCGAUAUUCCGCCGUGGCCGUUGUUUGACAUCAUUCGAAGAUAUCGAUCGAAAAUCGGUGAAGUACUGGAAAUGCGACGAUCGGGCGAAAAUCGUUCGGCGACCGUCAUCGACGACAAGUGCGUGUCAAAGCGUAUCAGAAAAUUACUUUCGGAUCGCUGGAGCCUCGAGUGGAAACUCGAAUAAUCAUCAUCGCGAUUAAUCGUUACGUUCAAGAACAAUUGGAGCAUUCAAAUGCAGAAAAUUGUAACGAGCACAAUUGGAAUGCGGUAGAUGCAGGAUGUGAGAAUUUCGAGACUAAUUAUACUUUUCUCAUUCUUGAUAUAAACGAAAUUUGUCGAAUAUGGAAUAUAGGAAUGUCGCCGACUAUUCCUUCGAUAAACAAAUUUUGCGAAUCGCAUAGGCGCGAAUCUCGCGCGAAACGAAAGCGAGCUUGCGCAACUUGUGACAAAUAAAACUUGGAAUAUUAUACGCGUUGAAGGAAUUUGUGUAAUGUACAUUAGUUUGUGCGUGGUAUGAAGGAAAAUGCAAAAGUGCCAUCAGGAAUUAUUGCCGGGCUAUUACGUGACUACUUUCGUACGAAGAAUAAUUCAGAUCUUUCACCAACGAGGUCAUGCAGCGUGGGAUGUUAAUCGAAGUAUUAAUUACUCUCACUCUCUCACCGCUGAUGCAGAGACAAAAUAAACUUAAUAAACUGAUCCGAUCGACACCACACCGUGGUGUCGCUUCCUCCGCGGACGGAUCGACGAAAAUAAUUAACGUCCAAGAUCAAAAGACUUUUCUCUUCAUUCGAAGAAAAAAAAGGAGCGACGUUGUCUUGAUUUACACGCUACGUUGAUUAACGAGCAGUUUUUCCUAUACGUUAUGUGUUAUGCGUUAUCGCAACGCGUGACGUAACAUAGCGGCACACGUUUUACUUGAUUAUUAUCCGCCGUGAUUCGACCGUCAUCUCUUACAAUUAACAUCGUUCCGUUUCGCAAUCGCAACGAUAUUCGCAAACGGAGAGAAGAGAAAAGAACGGAGAGCCAAAGGCGAAGAAUCGAUUCCAGAAGCUGCAGAAAACUCGCGUCACCACACACAAGAAAGGAAGAAGGAUUUUAUAUGUAUUAAUAUAUUGUAUAUAAUAUAUAAUAGCGGAGAUGAACGAGAUGCGGCACGUUUUGACAGGUCUGAAGACUCCCGCGAAGAGUUCAACCUUGAGCAGUGGCAUCGCGAGUGCUGCAACGGCAACGUGGUACGAUGUCCCGAUGCCGAUUAUUGUACACUGUCAUGAGUUCCACGAGGAGGCGGAACGCCAAGACAAGAACGACGAAGCGAGGAAGAAACGUAAAAGACCCUCCGAGGACGAGAUGGCAAUGAGACUCGUCAAGGAAAAUACGACGGCCAAGUUCUUGGGGAGAGAGAGUCCUACGAGAGUCUGGUCGUCGAAAGACGCGACGUCGAGUCGACCUGGAGGCCUCUCCCUGUCUCCCGACAGCGUUGGCGAGGUGUCGCGGAGCGAAACCUCACGAGCGGAGACCGUCGCCGUCGCCGUCGCCGUCGCGAGUAGAUCGAGUCGAGUCUGUGUCUCGGACAAUCUCCAAGUGAAUCCCGCCGAGUCUCGCGUGAACAACAGGACUCGGGAUGAGAAGAGACACAGUACUACGAUGGAACUGAACGCCACUACGACACUGAAAACGGACGCCGAUGGAGUGCCGACGAUCAGUUUCAGCUUUUUACGCGCCGGUGAGAAUUUUCACGAGAACGACGACGAAAACGGCGACGAGAUUGUUAUUCUGGAGGUCGACACGAGCGAUCAAGCUGACUUGUCGGGAAAUCAGUUGUACGACUUUCCUAAGAGCGCCAUUCUGGAAAGUAGUCGAGCUUCCUUGGAACGACCCGGUCGUGAUAAGGACCAAAUAAUUUCAGGCGAAUCCUCGUUGCCGGCAGCUCGUCAGGAUCCUUACGACCGCGACAUGCCGAAACUAACGUGCAAGGACGUAUCUUGGAACGAAUCGCGAGAGGAAGAAGUGCCGACGAUCUCCAAUACCGAUCUCGAAAACGAUCAGGAAAAUUACCAAGUCGCAAACGCAAUAGUUUCGCCUGAAAAGAAGAACCAACAACGAGACCGGAUGAAACGUUCCACCAGAUCGCUCAAAUCUGGCAGAAGAAGCUACGGCGCGUCGGACAGCGACGGUUACGACGCCGGCAUAGCGUCGAUGUCUGGUUCGUACUCGGACCCCGAGUGCCCGCAUGGCGCCGGCGGCGAGGAGGCAGCGUUGUCGGAGAGCGGAGGUUCGGACCGCGGCAAACGGCUGAGGUUGCAGAAGCGACGACUGGGCAAGGCUUGGGGCAGGAUGCGUAGCUGGUUGCGAGAAGAAAAGACGAGGAUCGGCCAGGUGGUCAACAGGCACGCCAAGUUGCAAGCGGUCGGCGCGCUCAAUCCUGAGGUGCGAAGCAAUCGUGCCACUCCCGUGCAAACAUCCAAGAGCAAGCAGCGUGGCUUCUACGAUCUGACGCGGGCUCACACCCAGGAGUCUGGCUCGAUCACCAGGGUGGAGGAGUUUGGUUUGUCGUCGGUGUCGGAGGAGGUGAACGUUUCCGAUGAUAUCGAGAGGCCAACGUCAGCAUCGCCCGAUUCGGGAAACACAUCGGCGAACGACGCGAGAAGAUUGCGCGGCAACCUGCGAAGAAAGACGGCUAGUUCGGACGAUAUUUUGGAGAACAAUAGGACGAGGUUGCAACUGCCAGGGUCUUUUAGCAUGGAUAAGCUAUGCUCGCGGGUGACGGAGAACGACGAGAUGAAGGUGACGACGGCGACGGCGACGGCGCCAACACCAGUAGUGACGAUGGCAAUGGCGGGGACCAGUGGUGAUGCCGAAGCGUCGAGGGACUACGGUGGGAAAAGUGGUCUGAUUAAGAGGAGAAUGCUCGGGUCAAUCAGAGGGUUAAUGGCCUCGACUCAUCUGUUGCAGACCUACGAGUCCGACGAGGGAGGACAAGGUGGCUUCGAGGACGUGCGAAGGUACGUCAAACAAGGAGGCGAUUUUUGCAAGGAACUGGCAUCGAUUCUUCACGAAAGAGCCGAACUGGAAGCUACGUACGCGAAAGGGCUCAGCAAACUCAGUAGCAAGCUGACAAAGGCCUGCGCCAAGGAUCAAGGUGGCAAUAGCAACGGAGGUGUGAACGAGGCAUGGAGGUGUGUCGGCGAGGAGAUGGAGGCUGCGGCGGAAGCCCACCGACUAUGGGGCAUCGCGUUAAGCGAACAACUCGCCAAACCGCUCAGAGUGGGCGUAGCUGAAACGCAAGGCCGGUCGAGGAAGAGCAUCGAAAACUCGGUGGACAAGGCAUCCAAGUCGCUUCAGGAAUGGCGUGGGGUAACGGCGAAGAGCAAAAAGCAGAGCUUUGCGUGCGCGCGCGAGAAUGAGAGGCUACAGGAUCUGGCGCGGCUACAGACCAUCGGUCAAAGCCAGCAGAGCAACAACAGGUCGUCGAGUCAUCAAAUGACGGAGAAGGAAGCGAGCAAACUGGAGGCUAGACGGAGGAAGGCCGAGGACUCGUCGCGCCGAGCGGACACCGAAUUCUACACGGUCAGUGUGAGAGCUGAGAGGGCCAGGCUCGAGUACGAGAGCACGAUGAGGAAGGGCGCGAAGCAGAUGGAACUGCUCGAGGAGGAGCGACUGAGCGCCCUGAAGGACCUCGCCAACGUGUACUUGACGCACUUGCAGGCGCUCGCUCCGCGAUUGCAGCAGAGCGUCGAUCGCUUGCUGACGCCUGUGCGUAGCUGUAACGUGUCGCAGGAUCUAGAGAUCCUGAAAAAUCUCGUACGCCGAAUGGACAAUCACGAUGUGACGAACGCGGAACAAUUGCUGCCGGAUUUCUACGCCGAGCACGUCACGCUGGCGAUGAAUCGCGAACGGCGAAAGCAGGCCUUGGUGAGGGUGCUGCAUCUGAUAAGACAAGAUCUGGAGAGGGAAAGGCGAGGUAGAGAAGGUCUGGAAACGUUACACCGAGCCUUUGUCAAGACUCCGGCGUUCGCGGCGGACGAGAGCACGCAAAACGUGACGGACAAGCUGCAUCAUAUGCGCUCGAUGUUGCUAUACUUGGAGGCGGCUAGAUAUAAAGUCGGCGGUACGCUUGCCGAAGUGGAAGGUAGCAAACGGAGCAAACAUCCCUUGUCGGAGCAUAUCUUGGUCUCGAGAGACAAGCAGGGUUUGCAACAAAGUGUUCUCAAGAUUCCUUCUUGGACAAAGAACGAAUCUUUCGAGAUUCAGGACAGUGAUGUCGAACUCGAGAUGCAUCUGACCAAGGAUCAGAACGCCGAGACUCGCGAUUGGGCUGAUCGAACCGCCGGUGAUGGCAAUUCGGAGAAUCCACCGGACGAGGAUGAUUUCAGCGAUUUUGACGAGUUUAGUAGUCACUCAGAAGACAACAACAACCAGAUUGAUGGUACGGAAGUAGCGACGGCCAAGACUGAACGCACGGAGCAGUGUCGAGCGAUCUAUCAGUACUCCGCGAAUCUGAACGACGAGCUCAGCCUCAGUCCGGGAGACCUGAUAACCGUUCAUCAGAAACAGCCAGACGGCUGGUGGAUAGGCGAGUGCAGAGGCCGUACCGGCAUAUUCCCUGCCACUUACGUCCAAGUCAUUCAUUAG